GUCUCUUCUUGGUUGCGCCCACCGCUCUCAGGGUCCCGCCUGUCCUCCCCCUCCCCCUCCAAACACGAAACUUUUUUUCAACACACCGCAUACACACAGCCAGACAGCCACACCACAAAAUGUCUGCUUCACCGCCCCCAGAGGAACGCGAAAAGGCUGACGCCGAUGCCCGCGCAAAGGAGCAGGCUGAGCAGGCCACUUUGCCGUACAAGUGGGACCAGACCAUCAAGGACCUUGACAUCACCAUCACCAUUGACGCCAAGUAUAAAGGCAAGGACCUCGACAUCAACAUUGGUCGCAACUCCAUCAAGGCUGGCAUCAAGGGCGAGACACCCAUCCUGCACGGCGACUUCCCCCACUCCAUCCGCGUCGACGACUCCACCUGGACACUAGCCUCGACCGGCUCCGCAAAAGAAAUCUCAAUCCAUCUCGACAAAGUCAACCAGCUCGAGUGGUGGCCUCAUGUUGUCACCACUGCCCCCAAGAUCGAUACCUCCAAGAUCCAGCCUGAGAACAGCAAGCUGGGCGACCUCGACGGAGAGACGCGGGGCAUGGUCGAGAAGAUGAUGUACGACCAGAGGCAAAAGGAACAGGGCAAGCCUACCAGCGACGAGCAGAAAAAGGCCGACAUCUUGAAGAAGUUUCAGGAGCAACAUCCUGAGAUGGACUUUUCAAAUGCCAAAAUCGGCUGAUGAGAUACGUAAUUAUGGGCACUCCAGCCACGUGACGAAGAAUACGCUCAUGGACGUGAUAAAGAUAAACCAGCGGAGGAACCACAAGGCCACACUGGGUCGUACGCAUAGAAGGCAAUUAGCGAUCGGCGAU